GCCGGAACCGAGCCCGGGAGCCGGGGCGCCAGUGCCACCUCCGCCAGCCCCAACCCGCAGACGGUUCCCUGUCUCCCGCGCCCCAAUUUCGAUUUUCAAACGCAACUCCUACAGGAUUCUGAGACCCUCGCCCCAUCUCCCAUAUCCCAUUUCCAGCUGCAAAUUACUGCAGAAUCUGAACCCAGGAAAGAAACCCAUUUGCCGCCCCGCGUCUUCCCUCUCCAGACAGGUGGAGGGCGGGUGAGGGUCUCGCUCGGCUUUCCCCCCCGCACCUUUCCCACCCUCCCGCCCGUCCCUGGGGGUCCUCGGUCACCGCGGCCAUGGCCCAGAAACCGAAGGUGAACCCCCACGUCGGGCGGCUGGGAUACCUGCAGGCGCUGGUCACGGAAUUCCAGGAGACCCAAAGCCAAGACGCCAAGGAGCAAGUCCUCGCCAACCUCGCCAACUUCGCUUAUGAUCCCAGCAACUACGAGUAUCUGCGGCAGCUGCAGGUCCUGGAUUUAUUUCUCGAUUCGCUGUCGGAGGAGAAUGAGACCCUGGUGGAGUUUGCUAUUGCCCGGCUCCCCUGCCCCAAGCACAGUGACUUUCUGAGCGUCGAAUCCCUCCGUGGAACCCUCUGCAGAUGAAAUUUCUCGAAAUUUCUCUUGUAUUUAUUAUGCAUGACUGAGAAGGAGAGCCACCGCGUAUUUUCUUACUGCCGUCGUUUCCCUUUCUCUUAGUGUCUCUGCUUGGGGAUCCCCGACAGGCAUUUAUUCUGCUGUUUCUGGAGAAGACUCUGUGCUGUGCUUUGGAGCUUUGAGUCUUUUAUCGCCUGUGGCAGCCCUGAGAUUGUGAUCUCCCUGAGCCAGAGCCAGCCUUGCUUCUGUCUGCAUGGUUUGAGUGCUUAGGCCUUUUGGCCUAGGGAGGAGGAGAGAAGAGAAAGGAAAGGCAGGGGAUCUUCACUUAAUAGAUGGUCCUGGCCAUGACUUGGUGCAGCACCCCUGGGCAGGGUUGGUUCUGGAAGGACUGGCAGAGUGGAGAGCUGGGUCGGAUUGCCCAUGGCUGUGGCUCGCAGAACCACAACCAAGCCGGGUGCGGUGACUCACACCUGUAAUCCCACUUGGGAGGCCGAGGCGGGUGGAUCACUUGAGGUCAGGAGUUUGAGACCAGCCUGGCCAACAUGGCAAAAUCCCGUCUCUACUAAAAAUACAAAAAUUAGCUGGGUGUGGUGGCACGCAUCUGUAGUCCCAGCUACUCGGAGGCUGAGGCAGAAGAGUUGCUUGAACCAGGAGACAGAGGUUGCAGUGAGCCAAGAUCACACCAUUGCACUCCAGCCUGGGCGACAGAGCGAGACUCUGUCUCCAAAAAAUAGAAAGAACCAAAACCAGUGUCUGCUUGGUUGAGCAGGAUGGUUCAUACCUGUAAUCCCAGCAUUCUGGGAGGCUGAAGCAAGAGGAUCGCUUGAGCCCCCAGGAGUUCGAGAGCAGCCUGGGCAACAUAGCAAAACCCUGUCCCUACAAAAACAAACAAAACAAGUGUCUGCUUGUUGGCAAGCAGCACGGUGAGUUGGAUGAGAGCUGGGCCUCGGGGUCAGGCAGGCAUCUGGGUGUGGGUUCUCUCUCCUCCAAUCAUCUGUCAGAUGGGGACAGUGGUAGUAGCUGCUUCACAUCAGUUGAGAGAAUUAAAUGAAACACCAGAGUGCUCUUUUAGGGUUAGUGUCUGCAGCCAUAGAUAGGAUCCCCUUGGUCGCCAUCCAAAGACAAAUACCCAAAACCCUUUGAGGGUGAGCAGUUGCCCCUUCUCUCAGAGAGGUGAGGUGGGGGAUGGGAUAACGUCCUAUCAAGGGAACCACUCAUCUCCUCCAGGAAUUCUUACCUUCUGGAAAAACAUCAUGGAAUGACAGGAACACCCAUCCUCAGCCUCCCAGAGGGUGCCCAGGCAAUGUUAGGUGGGGAGAGCCUGGCUGCAGGCCCGGUGCUGUUGUGCCCCCAUCAUGGAUGGCAUUAGCUCACACUUGGGGAGCACCCACUGGGUGCCAGGCGCUUGCUUCUUGUGCAUUGGAGAUAGUACUGAAGUAGAUGUGCUUACACCACCUUCUUUCCAAUCAGGACUCUGAGGCUUAGGGAGGUUCCGUGGGCUGGCCAAAGGUUUAAAGAGUACCAGACCUAGGCCGGGCGUGGUGGCUGAUGCUUGUAAUCCCAGCACUUUGGGAGGCCAAGGCGGGCGGAUCACCGGAGGUCAGGAGUUCGAGACCAGCCUGACCAACAUGGAGAAACCCCAUCUCUACUAAAAAUAUAAUUAGCUGGGUGCAGUGGUGCGCGCCUGUAAUCCCAGCUACUCGGGAGGCUGAGGCAGGAGAAUCGCUUGAACCCAGGAGGUGGAGGUUGAGGUGAGCCAAGAUCACGCCAUUGCACUCCAGCCUGGGCAACAAGAGUGAAACUCCGUCUCAAAAAAAAGUAAAUAAAUAAAGAGUACCAGACCUGAGACUUAAACCCAAAGCAGUCAGAGUCUAAAAGGGCCUCUAAAGCCCUUUUCCUGCCCUUAGAGGAGUUCCGAUUCCUAGGAUUGUGGAGUGAAAGCUAGAAAGGAGUUUACCCCAAAUUGCUCAUUUUAUCAAUAAGGAAGCUGCGGUGCAGACAGCUGCCCCUCGUCUGGCUGUCGCAGGCCAGGGUGGAGAAUGCAGGCUUCCUUCUGUCUGUCCCUGCAGCCACCACACUCACAGGUACCCUUCCAUGCUGGCUUUGCUGUGGCAGCCCUGAGUGAGGUCUGCUCUUUGGCCCAGCACUUCUGCCUCGUCUCUGAGGGCUGGAAGCCGGAUGCUAUCCAACCAAAUGGAUUCGCUCAGCCUGCACACUAAGGCCAAUUACUGACAAAACUGCAGUGAGAAAGUGCGGCUUUGGUUUGUUUGUUUGUUUGUUUGUUUGUUUGUUUGUUUUGAGACUGAGUCUCCCUCUGUUGCCCAGGCUGGAGUGCAGUGGUGCGAUCUUGUCUCACUGCAACCUUCGCCUACCUGGUUCAAGCAGUUCUCCUGCCUUCAGCCUCCUGAGUAGCUGGGAUUACAAGCACCUGCCACCACACCCGGCUAAUUUUUGUAUGUUUAGUAGAGACUGGGUUUCGACAUGUUGGCCAGGCUGGUCUCGAACUCCUCACCUCAGGUGAUCUGCCCACCUCGGCCUCCCAAAGUGUUGGGAUUACAGGCGUGAGCCACUGUGUCCAGCCAAAAGUGAGGCCUUUAUUGCGGGGCGACCAGCAAGAAGAAUCCGGCAGCCCAUGCUUAAGACCCAAACUCCCAGAUGGCUUAUGGGUAAGGGUAUUCAAAGGCAGGAGGCAGAGGUUACAGACAAAGUUUUAAAUCAGCACUGGGAGGCUAUAUAUUGGUUUGGCCUAAGAAGGCAGGAUAUCUCCAAGGGAUGGGGCACAGAUCAUAGGUGGCUUCAAAGAUUUUCUGAUUUGUGAUUGGUUAAGGAGGUGAAGCUUUGUCUACAAAGUUGGCAUCAGCAAAAAAGAGUGUUAGCUAUGACCUGUGAGCGUGUCCUCCAGGCCCCUCAGGGAGUCUAAAGAGUGGUCAGAGUGCAGUUUUCAGUUCCUUUUAUCUGAGCUCUCAGUGCCAGGGGAACUGUUUGUUGAGGGUCCAGGUUUCUGAAAAGCAACUCAAGGACAGAUAUUAAGAUGUUAUCUUUAGGCCGGGCGUGGUGGCUCACACCAGUAAUCCCAGCACUUUGGGAGGCUGAGGCGGGUGGAUCACUUGAGCUCAGGAGUUCAAGACCAGCCUGGCCAACAUGCUGAAACCCUGUCUCUACUAAAAAUACAAAAUCUAGCUGGGUGUGGUGGCAGGAGCCUGUAAUCCCAGCUACUCUGGAAGCUGAGGCAGGAGAAUCGCUUGAACCCAGGAGGCAGGCAGAGGUUACAGUGAGCCAAGAUCGCACCACUGCACUCCAGCAUGGGCGACAGAGCAAGACUGUCUCAAAAAAAAAAAAAAAGUUAUCUUUAGUUUCUAUGGGGAAACCAGACAUCCCCUGAUUCUGACUUCCUUGGCUAUUGUUUUAAGCUAUUACCUUCUUGCUUAUAAAGUUGCUCGUUUGCUUCUCAGGACUAGCUAGGUGCCUGGAAUUUCAUGAAGGGACUCAAGAUUUCCAUGCUUGAGGGCCUGUAGGCCCCUAGAGAAGCCCCCGCUCUUGAUGUCAGCCAGGGCUUCAGUCUGACCUCAAGUGUUCCCAUCAGCGGUGGCAGUGGAACUGCAGUGGCAGCAACCACUCGCCAGCAGCAGCCUGGCCUUGCUCACCGUCGUCUCUGUAUGGCGGUCUCUUUCUCCUGUGGCUUCCUCUCAGUUGGCCGUCGGCACCGCCACAGCCGUGAGGAAGGAUCCGGCUACAGCGACUGCGGAGAACGUGCAUGGGUUUUCAAGUCUCUGGCCUCUUUUGUGGCCUCUUGUGGAUUUGCCCAUUUAGAGCAAUUGUAGAACUAGUUUAUUGACCCUUUCUUGUGCUUCUGGCUGCCUUUUCUCCCCAGGGUCCAGGGCUCCUGUUUGGGUGCUGUUGGGAUAAAAGCUGCCUCUCCUGGAUGCCCGCCCAGUGCACACCGUGUGCUCACCACACGCCCACCCGAACCAGCCCUGCCCACAAGGCCUCUGAAUCUGUCAUUAAUGGCAAGGCAGAUGGUUCUAACCCCUUUUUACAUAUCAGGAACCCCCACCACCAAGUGAAGGCAAGUCCACUGCCUGGGGCUCCCGCUGUUAGUGAUAACUGGAGCCAGGACUUCGCCCCUGUCAUCCAGGAUCCAAAUUCCGUGCCCCGGGAACCCAGCUGGCACCAGGCUCAGACUCUAGUACCUUGUUCUUUUUUUUUUUUUUUUUUUUUUUGAGGUGAGGUCUCGCUCUAUCACCCAGGCUGGAGUACAGUGGCACAAUCUCGGCUCACUGCAACCUCUGCCUCCCAGGUUCAAACGAUUCUCCUAGCUUAGCCUCCUGAGUAGCUGGGAUUACAGGUGCGCACCACCAUGCCCAGCUAAUUUUUUUGUAUUUUUAGUAGAGAUGGGGUUUCACCACAUUGGUCAGGCUGGUCUCAAACUCCUGACCUGAUGAUCCGCCUGCCUCGGCCUCCCAAAGUGCUGGGAUUACAGGCAUGAGCCACCCCGCCCGGCCUCUUCCUUUGUUCUUUGUCUCUACGGCACCUUGCUGUCUCUGCCACAUCCCUGAGUGAGUUCUGGUGCAACUGGUAGUAAUUUCUGCUGCAGCUGGUAGUGCCCACAGUCCGGGGCCACACUGUACCAGUGUCAUAGAGGAACUGCCACUGGGGCUGGGUGCGGUGGCUCAUAUCUGUAAUCCUAGCACUUUGGGAGGCUGGGGUGGGAGGAUCACUUGAGCCCAGGAGUUUGAGGCCAGCCUGGGAAACACAGUAAGACCCCAGCUCUACAAAAAAAUAUAAAAAAUCAAUGAGGCAUGGUGGUACACGCAUGUAGUCCCAGGUACUUAGGAGGCUGAGGCAGAAGGAUCACCUGAGCCCAGAAGGUCGAUGCUGCAGUGAGCCAUGAUCAUGACGCUGCCCUCCAGCCUGGGUGACAGAGCAAGACACUGUCUCCAAAAAAACCACAAACAAAAAAAGAAGGAACAGGCCGGGCGCGGUGGCUCACGCUUGUAAUCCCAGCACUUUGGGAGGCCGAGGCGGGCGGAUCACGAGGUCAGGAGAUCAAGACCACGGUGAAACCCCGUCUCUACUAAAAAUACAAAAAAAUUAGCCGGGCGUAGUGGCAGGCGCCUGUAGUCCCAGCUACUCGGAGAGGCUGAGGCAGGAGAAUGGCGUGAACCCGGGAGGCGGAGCUUGCAGUGAGCCGAGACUGCGCCACUGCACUCCAGCCUGGGAGACAGAGCGAGACUCCGUCUCAAAAAAAAAAAAGAAGGAACAGACACUGGCACUGGGAGACGGCCUUGGUUAGGCCAGAGCUGCCCUUGUUUGGGAUGUUGGAUGGGAGGUGGAUGAAUUAUGGAAACCAGAUGUAAAGCCAGGAUCUCAGUAAAUAGUCAUUGAAUGAAAGAAUUCUGAGUUCAAGUCCUAAAUGAAAGCCGUUGGAAUUCAUUUGGGAGUGUCUGCCCACACCACCAUUGACUGACUCUUAAAUGUCCUGUAUACUUGCACCAUCCUAGAUGUUGCAUGGAGAUAUGAAGGAAUCAGGAGAUAAUUUUCUGCUUUCAUGAAAACUGGUUGAAUCCUAGAAUAUCAUAGAAUACUUAGCAGUUUUGUUACUAAAACAGUUUAAGGGCUGGGUGUGGUGGCUCAUGCCUGUGAUCCCAGCACUUUGGGAGGUUGAGGCGGGCGGAUCACAAGGUCAGGAGAUCGAGACCAUCCUGGCUAACACGGUGAAACCCUGUCUCUACUAAAAAAAAAUACAAAAAAAAAUUAGCCGGGCGUUGUGGUGGGCGUCUGUAGUCCCAGCUGCUGGGGAGGCUGAGGCAGGAGAAUGGCGUGAACCUGGGAGGUGGAGCUUGCAGUGAGCCAAGACCACGCCACUGCACUCCAGCCUGGGUGACAGAGCGAAACUCCGUCUCAAAAAAAAAAAAAAAAAAAAAAAAAACUUUAUUGCAGGGUAUUUUCAGAAGUCUCACCUCCAUUCUGUUCCCUUCUACCUUGUUCCCUGCCUCGUACUAACCCAUUUCCUUAUUACACUUUGGUGUCUUGCCAGCGUGAGUGCAUACACAGAGGUGUUUUCAUCUCCACCCUGCCUUCUUACACAAAGGGUAGCUUACUCUGUGUACUGUCUGUCCUUCAGACUUGAAAUUGAAGGAGCCAUUUUCAAGACAGUAAAGGAAAACCCAAGAACAAAUAAUCCCCUGUGAAGAUGUAUAUAUAUAUAUAUAUAUGUUUGUUUUUUUUUUGUUGUUGUUUUUUUUUUGAGACGAAGUCUCACUCCUGUCCCACCAGGCUGGAGUGCGAUGGUGUGCUCUCGGCUCACUGCAACCUCUGCCUCCCGGGUUCAAGUGAUUCUCCUGCCACAGCCCCCCGAGUAGCUGAGAUUACAGACGCCUGCCACCAUGCCCGGCUAAUUUUUUAUAUUUUUAGUAGAGACGGGGUUUCACCAUCUUGGCUAGGCUGGUCUAGAGCUCCUGACCUCAGGUGAUCCACCCGCCUCGGCCUCUCAAAGUGCAAGGAUUACAGGCGUGAGCCACCACGCCCGGCCUGCUGUGAAGACUUUGACCCUGGGCUGCUUCAGCUCAGCAUGGGUGAGUCCCCAGAUGUAGCUGUAUCUUGAGCUGCCCUUGCCGAGGGCCUGCCCAGCCACCAGGUGCCAGGUGCCAGCUAAGCAUUUGUCAGAAGCAUCACCUCGUUUUGUUGUUUUGUUUUUGAGAUGGAGUCUCACCCUGUUGACCAGGCUGGAGUACAGUGGUAUGAUCUGGGCUCACUGCAACCUCCACCUCCCAAGUUCAAGUCAUUCUCCUGCCUCAGCCUCCCAAGUAGCUGGGACUACAGGCGCCCGCCACCAUGCACAGCUAAUUUUUGUAUUUUUAGUAGAGAUGGAGUUUUGCCAUGUUGGCCAGGGUGGUCUUGAACUCCUGACCUCAGGUGAUCCACCUUCAGCCUCCCAAAGUGCUGGGAUUACAGGCGUGAGCCCCCAUGCCUGGCCAACAUCACCUCAUUUAAUCCCUGGGACCAUCCUUUGACCUUCCCCUCAUGAUCCGGGUUGUCCCUCCCUGCCCCAGUGCCCGACAUGGCAUGUGAGCUGAGGUCACCCACCUGACCUCCCCGAGUCUCUGACUUUCUCAUCUUGCUCUCGUGUGGGGUUUCCUCUUUUGCCUCCCCCAGGGUUCUCGUAUAGAGUUCCUGUGUUUCCUGAUGUCUAGAAGGCCCUGCCCUUGCUUCUUGUUUUCUCUUCACCUUGUGCAGAGCAUGUUCAUCAGACAGUCAGAACUUGUUCUCCUUUCUGUUCUAUAACAAUUUUUAAGAUUGCAGUAUGGCGGCCGGGCGCGGUGGCUCACGCCUGUAAUCCCAGCACUUUGGGAGGCCGAGGCGGGCGGAUCACAAGGUCAGGAGAUCGAGACCAUCCUGGCUAAUACGGUGAAACCCCAUCUCUACUAAAAAUACAAAAAAUUAGCCGGGCAUGGUGGCGGGCGCCUGUAGUCCCAGCUACUCAGGAGGCUGAGACAGGAGAAUCACUUGAACCCGGGAGGGGGAGAUUUCAGUGAGCCGAGAUCGCACCACUGCACUCCAGCCUGGGCGACAGAGCGAGACUCGGUCUCAAAAAAAAAAAAAAAAAAAAAGAUUACAGUAUGAUCAACAGAAUAAAAUGCACAUAUCUUAAGUGCCAGUUUGGUGAAUUUUGAAAUUCAUUGAGCUAUGUGUACAUUCAUGUAAGCAGCUCCUAAACCAAGACGUAGAAACUCUCAUCACACCCACGCUGGGUCAGUAUCUCCCACUCCAAGGCAACCACUAUUCUAACCUCUAUCCGGUGGAUUUGUUUUGCCUGUUCUUGAACUUCAUACAAACAGAAUCAUGCAGGAUCUACUCUCGUAUCUGAUU